UCGAAAGUGGAUUUUGUGCAAUGGGACAGGUGAAAUGAAGUGUUUCUUGGGUUUUCCGGGAAAGGAAGGGUGGACAGGCAGGUGGUAUAAAUGUAUAAGUACUUAUUUUCUGGAUCUAACUAGUUUAUAACUUCAGGAGGAAAAAUGGAAAACCAAGAAUUUAUUGUCCUAUAUACUCAUCAAAAGAUGAAGAAAUCAAAAGUGUGGCAAGAUGGAAUUUUGAAGAUCACUCCCUUAGGAAACAAAGCAAUUUUAUAUGAUGACAAAGGAGCAUGUUUGGAAAGUCUAUUUCUUAAAUGUCUUGAGGUGAAACCUGGAGAUGACUUAGAAAGUGAUCGAUACUUAAUCACAGUUGAGGAGGUUAAAAUGUCUGGAAGCAUAACUAUUAAACAGAAUGUCAUUAAAGAACCACAGUCAGAUUCAAGGAGGUUCAUAUCCUAUGGCCGGUCUCUUGGAUGUCAGCCUGCUGGUUUAAAAAGAAAGUUUCCUGGUUUUCAAGCACCACGUCAGGUUCCAAAGAAAAUGGUUCUUACAGAAAAUGGUGAAUCGGCUGCAUCACUUGAGUCUAAAGAACCUGGUCCUACUUUUUCUUCUCCAUUCUACAACAUACCUCCUUUGUUUUCUACUGUUGGCAAGCAGGAUAUAAAUAAUAUACCAAGAAACUCUGAAAAUAUUGUCACUUACAAUAUUGGAGAGAGAAAUAACAUGACAUCACCUUCAGUUGUCUCUGCUUCAUCCUUCAUGAUUAACCCAGAAAUGCUAGCUGAAGAAAAUUACUUUUGUUCUCCUGUCAGUACUGAAAGUCAGCAUUCAGACUCUUCACUGACCAAUGAGCCCUUGAGAAGAGAUAAUUUGGCAUUACACUAUCCAGGAGUUUCACAAAACAUUAGAAGUAAAGCGCAGAUAUUAGCUCUUCUGAAAUCCAAGUCAACAAAUAUGCAUAAGGACCUAAAUUCUGAGAUGACAAGACUUUUACCUCAGGUACAGCCACAGAGAAGUUCAAACAUUCCUGCUAACCCAAAGUACUUAAUUCAGCUGGAAGCAUGUGCUGAGAUGAAGAGCACAGACCAGCAUCAAUCAGAAAAUACCAUGAGAAAUAAAAGCCGAUGGGCCAUGUAUUUAUCCUCACAGAGUUCUCCUGUACAUUCCUGUACUGUAGAAGGGAGCAAUAUAGAAUGGAAACCUGAAGCCCAGGAAGAUGAUAUAAAUUUGAAUUUGAAAGACCUUUUGGUACAAGAAAGGAUGCAGGACUUUGAAACAUGUGAUGAAAAGGGAAAGAAGGAUAAUGAAGACCAGCCAGUAGAUAAUACUGAUCAAUCCUGGAAUCAGGAAGAAAAAGUGGAAAUACUUUCAUUCUGUGAAAGCAGCAGUUUACUGGGUAGUUGCAGCAGUGCAGACAAUAAUGGUUUAUUAUCAGAAUCUAACAUUCAAGGAAACAAUGAAAUACCUUCUAAUCAAAAUGACAAAGUGUGCAUGGAAGGGUCAGUUUGCAUUGGAGAAAGUGCUCAGGUGGUAAAUACAUGUACAACACAACAGGAGCAUAAACAACCAGUGUCAUCUCUGCUGGAAUCAGAACAUCUACAGAUGGAAUCUUUUCUAAGUAACAAGUCUAGGAUCUCUAAUGGUGUUCCAGACGUGUUUUCUAAAAGUAGCAUUGAUAGUGAAAGUCUGAAUAGUGUUCACGGAUCUGUAAGUAAUGUAACAGAACCAUUUUUAGAGAUAAAUUUUAAUCUGAGUAAUUUUGAGACUAGUGACACAGAAACGGAAUCACAGGAAGACAACAAAAUUUCCCAAGAUUCAGAGAGAUGGGUAAAGGAAAUUUUGGCUCAUGAUGGCAAUUUAUGUGUUCAAAAGAGAAGUGAGGAUACAAGCUGUCAAGAAAUUGGCAGUGAGUGUUUGCCACUCUUAACAUCUAUUGAUAGCAGACCUGCAGACAUAUUUCCUAUUAAAGAGACUAUAUCACAGUUUUGUGAUAAAACUUGUGUGGGUUUUGACAUGGGACCUUAUAAGGAUGGAAACACUGGAAAAGAAACAGAGGAGGAAUAUAUCAACACGUUAAGCAAUUUUGACUCAUCCUUAGAUUGGAAUGAUGAUGUAUAUAUAGAUAACAAAGAAGAUGCUAAUAAUUCUAUCAAAAAAGUUGGAAUUAACUGUGAUUUUGCUUCACUUUCGGAUAAAUCAAAAGGUAUAAACAUGAAUUUACAUUUUCCUCAAUUUUUAGACACAGUCACUAAUCAGAGUCCUAAAAAUGAUGCCCUAUUCUCAGAAGAUGUUCAACCUCAGACUUUUAUUUUGGGAAGUGACUUAGACAAAAGUGAUGAACAGAUUUUACCACCAAUUUCUAGCAGUGACAAGAGUAUCCAACUAUUAACUACCAAUCAGGAAUAUGUUGCAUGUGAUAGGUUCGAUACUCAAGAUUCCAAUUCUUUGUUUUAUCCUCUGGAAAAAAAGCAUCCUAUUUCCAAAGACUCCGAAGUAUACAUUCCUGAAUCUGAAGACUCGGGAAGAAUUGGAAAGUUACCCCAUGACCAUAUUGAAGUCGCAACUGCCAGAAAAAGCAAACAAUCCUGGAAUAAUUCUAGAAAUUCUUCACUUUCUGGAGUUAUAAGUAACAUUUCCCUUUUAAAGUCACUAUCUGAACACAGUACAGCUUUAGAAAGCUUGGAAAUACUGAAAAAGAGAAAUACUGCCUUUCAACAACAAGGAAUUCAGCAGACAUAUGAGCCAGAUAGCAGACCUGAAGCUAGGAAACCAUUUACUACAGUAGUUUCACACAUGAUACCAAAGUCUCCUGAUUUGAAGCAGGAUUCUCAAAAGAUACUAAAAGAAGAUGAAGUUGAACCACAUGAAUCAUUUCGGUCUCUGCAGGUGAAGUCACCAGAACAAAAGUUCUCUACAUUGAGUCCUGUUUCUACUUUUUCUUUGAACUCAAAAAAUGAAGAUGUGCUAGAAUUCUCUGAAGAAUCCCUGAAAGCAAAAACUUUACCUGGAAUGAAAAAAUUUAGUUCUUUGAAGAAUAAGAACCUUCAGAGGCUCCCAUUAGUAAGUAGAGCCCGAGUUCCAUUUAUCGCCUUGCCACCUUCUCCUGAACUGCCUAACUUAGACUCUUAUUCAUUUGUGAUCAACUGUGACAUACCAGAGUCUUCUGGUUCCCCCGCGUUCAACUUGUGUGAAGAGUCAGCAGCUCUUCCCUUUAGCAUUGGGCCUGAGGACCAAAGUGAAACUUUCUCUGAAGAAGCUAUGAAAAUGUCUCCAAGGGAUGUUUCAUUGCUCAAUACUAAAUCUCAAAGCAAGUGGCUGAAAUAUGAAAAUACAUCCCAAUGUAACCUGACUCCUUCAAACAGAGUCGAUAUAGGAACAGAUGGCUUCUUCACUGAGGCUGUUUCUGGGAUGCUUUUUAGUGACUCCUGUGAAAGACAGAGUGAGGCUAUGAAUGAAAGUUCUUUAGACUCUGUGCGAUUGCAAAUGAUAAAAAGCGUGCUCUAUCAACAGCAGCAGGGUUUUAGCAGUCAAGAUUUGGUUUCCAGAAAGAAAGCACUUUCUUUGAGUUUAAAGCAGACUUCCAAAUCUGAGGAAGUUCAAAAUGUGUUAGGAAAGUCUGUCUGCUACAACUACAGUGCAAAGGAUUUACAGGAGAUAAAUCACUCUGAGCUAUGCUUCCCAAGUGGACAGAAAGUAAAAUGUGCUUAUCUUCCCAAAAGGCAGAUUCACAUACCAACUGUUUUUCAGUCUCCAGCUCAUUAUAAGCAGACUUUUACAUCUUGUAUCAUAGAACAUCUAAAUUUAUUGCUGUUUGAGUUGGCACAAAGGUUGCACAAAGCUCUUUCAAAAGUUGACAUAUCAUUUUACACAUCUUCAAAAGGAGAGAAACUGAAAACUGUAGAAAAUAAUUUGCCAUCCUGUCAUCAUAAUCAACCUGCAAAACUUGUUAUGGUUAAAAAGGAAGGUCCAAAUAAGGGCCGUCUGUUUUAUACAUGUGACAGACCCAAAGCUGAUCAAUGUAAAUUUUUUAAGUGGCUUGAGGAAGUGACUCCUGUAUGGUUAACACAGGAAGAGUCUCAACCUAGCAUGGUUUUAAGUGAUAUUAAGAGUAUUGGUUUGUAUUUGAGAAGUCAAAAGAUACCACUGUAUGAGGAAUGCCAUCUUUUGGUGAGGAAAGGGUUUGAUUUUCAGAGAAAGCAGUAUGGCAAACUUAAAAAGUUUACUGCUGUAAAUCCUGAAUUUUAUAGUGAGCAGAAAAGCAAACUUUAUCUUAAAUUGAGUCGGAAAGAAAGUUCUUCAAUUUAUAGCAAAGAUGAUCUUUGGGUGAUUUCAAAAACUCUAGACUUUGAACUGGAUACUUUUAUUGCAUGCAGUGUUUUCUUUGGACCAUCAUCUAUCAAUGAGGUGGAGCUACUGCCUUUGAAAGGUUAUUUCCCUUCUAAUUGGCUUACUAACACAGUGGUCCAUGCAUUAUUGGUUUGCAAUGCCAGCACAGAACUAACAACUUUGAAAAAUAUUCAGGACUACUUUAAUCCAGCUGUUCUACCUCUGAUGCCAUACUUGUUAACAAUGUCUCCGUCAACUACAGUUAGCAACAAGAGAGAAAAUAAGAGAAAAUUUAUCCCACCAGCUUUUGCAAAUAUCAAUACAAAAUUUGAACUACUUAGCCUGGAAGCAACAUUGCAGUUAGCUAGUGAAUUGAUUCAGACUCACAAGUUAAACGAGGACCAAGCUACAGCUCUAAUUCAGAUAGCUCAAAUGAUGGCAUCCCAUGACAGUGUUGAAGAAGGGAAGGAACUGCACACCCACACCCUCCCUAUCACAGUCAUACAUGGUGUUUUUGGAGCAGGGAAGAGUUAUUUGCUGGCAGUGGUAAUUUUGUUCUUUGUACAACUAUUUGAAAAGACUGAAGCUCUUACAGUUGCAAAUGCAAGGCCAUGGAAACUUCUGAUUUCUUCUUCCACUAAUGUAGCUGUUGACAGAGUACUUCUUGGCCUUCUCAGUCUUGGAUUUGAAAAGUUUAUCAGAGUUGGGAGUGUAAGGAAGAUUGCCAAGCCAAUUUUACCUUAUAGCUUGCAUGCUGGUUCAGAAAAUGAGAAUGAACAAUUAAAAGAACUGCAUGCUCUAAUGAAAGAAGAUCUGACCCCUGUGGAAAGAAUCUAUGUGAGAAAAAGUAUUGAGCAGCAUAAACUGGGGACCAACAAAACCCUGCUAAAACAGGUUCGAGUAGUUGGCGUUACCUGUGCAGCCUGCCCAUUCCCAUGCAUGAAUGACCUUCAGUUUCCUGUAGUUGUGCUGGAUGAGUGUAGUCAAAUAACAGAACCAGCCUCUCUCCUUCCCAUUGCAAGGUUUAAAUGUGAAAAGCUGAUUCUUGUUGGAGACCCCAAACAGCUGCCUCCUACUAUUCAAGGUUCUGAUGCAGCUCAUGAAAAUGGAUUGGAACAAACUCUUUUUGACCGACUUUGCUUAAUGGGUCACAAGCCAAUUCUGUUGAGAACCCAAUACCGUUGUCAUCCUGCAAUCAGUGCUAUUGCCAAUGAUCUAUUUUAUGAAGGAAACCUCUUGAAUGGCAUUUCAGAAACAGAGAGGAGCCCUUUAUUGGAGUGGCUACCCACGCUGUGUUUCUAUAAUGUUAAAGGACUGGAACAGAUUGAAAGAGAUAACAGCUUUCAUAAUGUGGCAGAAGCUGCUUUUACCCUCAAGUUGAUUCAAUCAUUGAUAGCAAGUGGAAUUGCCAGCUCAAUGAUUGGAGUGAUAACAUUAUACAAGUCCCAGAUGUACAAGCUCUGUCAUUUACUCAGUGCUGUGGACUUUGACCAUCCUAAUAUUAAAAGUGUGCAGGUGUCCACAGUAGAUGCUUUUCAGGGAGCUGAAAAGGAGAUCAUUAUUCUUUCCUGUGUAAGGACAAGACAAGUAGGAUUCAUUGAUUCAGAAAAAAGAAUGAAUGUUGCAUUGACCAGAGGAAGGAGGCAUUUGUUGAUUGUGGGAAAUUUAGCCUGUUUGAGGAAAAAUCGACUAUGGGGGCAUGUGAUCCAACAUUGUGAAGGAAGCAAAAAUGGAUUGCAACAUGCAAGCCAGUAUGAACCACACCUGAACCAGCUCCUUAAAGAUUAUUUUGAAAAACAAGCAGAAGAAAAAGAGAGGAAAAAGACUGAAAAAGAAAAAUCUAAAGAUAAGUCUCAUUCAUAAAAAGACAUAGUUUAGGAAUUUUGUAUUUAUGUAAAUUCAGAUUCAUUUUCAAAACUGUUGUUAUAUAAAAACUUUAUAAUAUCUAAAAAACUUGCUAAAUGAAUACAUCUAAAAAUUUACUUUGCAAAAAAAGCAUGCAUUACUUAUGUUAAAAUAGGCUGAUGUUUUGUUUAUAAAAGAAAUAAAUUUUGACAGGGUGUGGUGAUGCAUACCUGUAAUUCCAGGGCCUUGGGACGUUGAGGCAGG